UGCCUCAGUGUUCAGUAUGGAAGACGAAGAACUCAGUAGGAGACUGGGUGAUGUUCAGUUAUCAGAGAUAGAAGCUAAUCUCAUCCCCUUGGCCACGGACGAUAUUCAGAAAAGUAAGGACGAGUGUGCCAAAAGUAUUUUCGGGAAGGUCAUCGGACAACGCAAGGUUCAUCUAAUCGGUCUGAAAAGGGUUCUUUCCCAAAUAUGGCAAAUCCAGGCCCCGAUGACAAUCAAAGAAAUCAGCAGCAACUACUUCCAAUUCAUUUUCUCAAACCUAGAAGACAAAGACAAAGUGCUGAAAGGAACAAAUUGGCUUAUUGAUAACCAAUAUCUAAUCCUUAGAGAUUGGUCUGAAAGCAUCAAUAGUCAACACGAAAGCUUCAAGGAAUUGGAGAUAUGGGUUCAGGUGUGGAAUGUCCCAAUCCACUGGUCAUCUACAGAAGUUGGACUCAAAAUUGGGAAGGCUUUCAAAAGAGUCAAGAAUGUAGUCAUCCCCCAGUAUGGUCCUCUGGCUGGGAAAUGUCUAAGGAUGCUAGUAACCAUUGACAUUGAGAUGCCUAUUCUCAGAUAUUCAUGCUUGCAACUGGAGGGCACCACGAAGAUUGUUGAAUUCAAGUAUGAAAGGUUAGUGAACUUCUGUCAUUAUUGCGGGAUCAUUGGGCAUUUGGACAAAAAUUGUGAAAAGCGGAUGCAAGACAUGGACACUGGAAACCUCAGAGAAGGAGCUUAUGGAGACUGGCUUAAAGCUCAUGACUACCCUCCCUUGGGACACAAUCAUCAGACCAACUCAAAUUCAGAAUCCCCUUCUCCUUCUCCAAACCAAAAAUCUCACACUCCUCCCCCCUUAACUGUCAAGGUUAACCCCCUCAACACCAACCCAAACACAGACAACCCAUCUUCAUCCAACAAUACAUCCAAUCAGAACUCUACCACCCUAAACCCUCAUAAUAAGCCCUGUAAUCCUCCUAUCUCCCCUGCAUCAUUGAUCCAACCUCUCUCACCAACCAAAAGCCAAUCCUCCUCACCCAUUACCCCAAACACUAUCACUAAAAUCAUUCCUCAUCCUACCUCCCCCAAACCAGACAGCUCUCAACAAAUAACCCCCAUGGAAACCUUACCUCUCUUCAUCCCUGAAGAAAACACCCAGAACCUUCAACUAGUGACCUGUCCCCAACCUGUAAACUUUAACCUGCAACCAUCUCCAACCCCAACUCAAACCAAUCCUAGUAAAAAAUGGAAGAGAAAGCAAGUCUCCCCCAGCAAAGGGGUCCAAAAUGCUAUUUCCCAGGGCAGACUUAUCAGAACCAAGAGACAGCUUACCAUUCAAGAACCACAAGGCAAUUCCAUAAUUGGUAGAAGUGGUGGGCUUUUGUUGCUUUGGAAUUCUGAUGUUCACAUAUUCCAAAUUAUCAAAUCUGAGUUUUGUAUGCAAGUGGAGUAUUGGGAUGAAGCCAAGAACCACACCUGCUGGGGAAUUUUUGUCUAUGCCAGCACUCAGCAGUCAGUUAGGCAUGACCAGUGGCAGUUUCUUCUGGAUGCUCAAAAUCAGUGGGGUGACUACUGGUUUAUAGGAGGAGACUGGAACGAGAUUACCUGUCAAGAGGACAAACAAGGAGGCAUAAGUAGAACUCUCUCUUCUUUCAGUGCAUUCAACAGAUUUAUAUCAUUAAUGGGUAUGCAAGAUAUGGCUCUCCAAGGUCACAGGUUUACUUGGGCAAACAACAGACAAGGAGAAGGAUAUGUGGAGGAACAACUAGACAGGAUAUUUUGCUCUCUGGGAUGGCUCUCCCUCUACCCUAACACAGUAGUCAGCAAUGAAUUUAAGAGCUCAUCUGAUCACAGCAUGCUUCUCCUUAAUUCCAACCCAGAAAUCAAGCCUCAUAAGAAAAGAUUUUUCUUUGACCAAAGAUGGAUUCACAGAGAGGAUGUCUCUGAAGUUGUCUCUAAAGCAUGGAACCUUUAUCAAUCAGGCACACCCAUGUUCUGCUUCCAAGAAAAGAUCAAAGGGGUAAGGCUGCAACUACUGAAAUGGAGCUGCAAGUUUAAAACUGAGUCUGCCAAGAAGAUUGAGAGCUUGCACAGACAACUUGCUGAACUGAGAUGGGAAGGAGGGUUGAGGGAUUGGCAUAGGUGGGAUUCUAUCCAAAAGGAGUUGAAUAAAUUGUACAAAGAUGAAGAACAAUUCUGGCAGCAAAAAUCAAGAAUCUCCUGGCUAAAACAUGGAGACAAAAACACUAAGUUCUUCCAUGCCCAGACCACCCACAGAAGAAGAAGGAACAAAAUCACAAGACUUAUCAAUGAUGACUCCACAGUCUGUGAAUCUCAGGAUGAAAUAUCCCAGUGCAUUGAGGAGUUCUACAAUAAUCUUUUCUCAACCCAAGGCCCUUCUGGGACUGAUCCAGUGCUGGAUGAAGUAUCUCCUGUCAUUACUGAAGCUAUGAACACUGAACUCACUGCCAAUGUUGAUGAAGAAGACAUUAGAACUGCUCUCUUCUCUAUCUCCCCUCAGAAAGCUCCUGGGCAAGAUGGUAUGACCUCUCU